AUGCAUAUCCCGAGACAGUUGCUCGGAGAUGGAGGCUCAGCAGCUAGUCCUGCUACCUCAGCCGUGAAGGCGGUGGUUGCCCACUUCAUCGUCGGAUUCACAAUCUCUUACAGUCAAGCUGAUUGGCUUAAUGAUAUUACACAAGCUAGUGCUAUGGGUAUAGAUGCCUUCGCUCUCAAUUUCGGGUCGGAUCCGUGGCAGCCAAAUCAAAUCGCCAAUGCAUACGCCGCAGCUGCAGCACACGGAUCGAGCUUUAAGCUCUUCCUUUCCUUCGACAUGACCUCCAUACCCUGCGCAUCAGCCGGUGACGCCGCGAACAUCGGACACGCGCUCAAUCAAUACGCAUCUCACCCCAGUCAAUUCUGGUACAAAGAUCGCCCGUACACCUCCACCUUCGGAGGCGAACGUUGCACCUUCGGUACUGGCGAUGUCAACUCUGGAUGGACAUCCGCUGUACGCAACGGCGUCUCGACCCCGUACUCAUUCGUGCCAGGCUUCUUCACGGAUCCGAACACGUUUGGCAGCUAUCCCGUGGUCGAUGGCGAAUUCAACUGGAACGGUGCUUGGCCGAUGUCUGGCUCCGACGAAACGUUCGACAGCGACGGAUCUUACAUCGCUAGCGACAACGGCAAACUCUUCAUGGCUGCAGCCAGCCCGUGGUUUUUCGCACACUACCCCUGGAAGAACGAGGUGUUCAGGAGCUCCGAUUGGCUUUGGAACACGCGCUGGGACCAGAUUAUAGCGCACAGAGACCAGGUCGACAUCGUGGAGAUCGUCACCUGGAAUGAUUACAGCGAGAGUCAUUAUAUCGGACCAGUUACAGCCGCUGCUUCCCCUCCAGGUGGUACAUACUGGCAAAACGGGUACGAUCACCAAGGUUGGCUCAACAUGGUGCCAUACUACGCGCAGGCUUUUAAGACGGGUGCUAACCCGACGAUCUCCACGGAUCACAUUUACAUUUGGAGCCGCCCUCACCCAGCCGACGCGACUGCCUGCUGCGACGGUAUUGGCAAACCCGCCAACGCGCAGUGGGAGUCGGACAACCUCUGGGCCGUCGUCUUCGCGUCUUCGACGGGAACGGUGACCCUCACAUCAGGGUCCAACGUGCAAUCGUUCGAGGUGCCGGCGGGAGUGACGAAGUUGCAGGUGCCGAGCGCGCCUGGCGGUAUUCGAGGGACUUUAACCCGGCUCGGCGCAGCCGUGGUGGACGUCAACCCGGGAGCUGCGUUCACGUAUACGCUGACGCCUCAGCAGUACAACUAUAACGCAUUUGUUGCUUGGGCUUAG